CCCUGAAGGCAGCAUUCAGACUCGGAAAGGUAGAGUUGUGCCACAAGAGCACUUCUCGAGUUGUGAAGGAGACAGAAAAAAAGGAGGAGGUAGCAGAGAGCGUGAAAGAAAGAGGAGGAGGGAGUAUAAACGGCGAAACGCAGCAGAGUCCACUACAGUUUCAACUUCGUCUUCGCUUGGCAAGAUUUUAAAAAGUUCUUCUGAAAGAAACGGAUCUUCGUCAUUCAUCAUGGGUGUAGCAGGAGGAAUGAAAUGUGUCAAGUAUCUAGUUUUCUUUUUCAACUUCAUCUUCUGGCUAUGUGGCCUAGCACUGAUUGUGGUUGGAAUCAUGGUUCAGGUAUCGCUUAACAAAACCCUCAAGAUCACUGAUCCCACUGCCUCGGCAGCUCCCAUUAUCCUGAUCGGAGUUGGUGUGGUGAUUUUCUUCAUCAGCUUCUUUGGUUGCUGUGGAGCCUUCAAAGAAAACUACUGCAUGGUCACCACGUUUGCUGUCCUUCUCUCACUGAUUGUUAUCGUUGAGAUUGCAGCAGCAAUUGUUGGAUAUGUCUUCAGAAACAAGCUCUCAACUAUCGUCCACGAUAGCGUCACUGACAUGAUCAGCAAGUAUAAGAACGGCACACGAGAAUUCACAGAGGCUGUGGACAAUCUGCAGCAGAACCUGAAAUGCUGCGGUGUGAACAGUUCUUCUGACUGGAAAGGCUUCAGUAGCGAAGGAAACUCUGUGCCUGACUCGUGCUGCAAGAAUGUCACUAAAGGCUGUGGAAAAGGAACCAUGACUGACACUAGCAAAGUGUAUCAGGAGGGUUGUAGUGCUGCUUUGGAGACAGUACUGAAGAACAACAUCUUAUGGGUGAUAGUAGCAGCGAUUGUUAUUGCUAUCCUGCAGUUACUGGGUAUUGUGUUUGCCUGCUGUUUGAUGAAAGGCAUCCGGAGCGGCUACGAAGUUAUGUGAUCGACACCAGAAGAGGAGUUGACUGUUCGGGUUACUCACAAAGUUCUUCAUUUGGAUAUUUUAAAAUGUUCAUCAUACUUUUCACAUAAUACUCAGAAUAUAAUUUUCUUCAUACAGAUAAUAUUUUCAUAGGUUAAUGGCUCUGCUUUCAUGCUGUACAUGGAAUGGAAAUGGAGAUUAAUGUACAGUGUCAUAUUAGCAUAAAUGAAUGUUCUCUCUUAACUUUGCUCGCUUUGUUGUAAACUUGAAUUUAUUUUGGUGUUCCUGGAUCUGUUCUACGCUUUGAACUGCUUUGGUGUUUAUACGUCAUACUGGGUUCCAGUUUUAAAUUUUUUCAUUAAAGACCUUUUAAAUUUCAUCUGAAUUUUCUGUAUAAAAAUAAUACAGGAGGAAAAAUGCACCUUUAAGGUUUUUAUUUCAGACACAUUUCCAAGAUAUUGUAUAUAAUAUUGGCACAACACAACAUUGAAAAUUUGCAGAGCAAAUAAUAUAAUAAAAAAAAUUUACAAA